AUGGCUUUGUCGCUGCUACAGGACGCUCAAACAGCAAGAGGAUUAGCAGCCGUCCGUACAUUGCAAGGUAUGAACCGUGACGAAGAACGUAGCCUGUCCGUAUCACCACCGCUGACCGGUCAGAGGCAGCAGCACCAGCUCGGUAUGAACCUGCAGCACAGUCCCUCGCUGUACGGUGGCUUCCAUCCGGCCACCGCUUCCGCGAUGGGCAUGUUCGCACCGCAGCUACUGGCCGCCAACCAGACGGCGGCCGCACUAAUGGCCGCCGGACUACCGAUGUCGUUGCGUGCUUCGCUCGCAACCGGACUAUUCCCGCCCCAUGCGGCUCUGUUCGGUGCUUGGGCACCACCGACACCGAACAGUAACAACAGCAGCCCACCACCACCGCAGAGCCCCAUUUCGCCCGCCCUGAGCCACAAGAGCUCGAAAUCGCUCAAGCUGGCCAACAGCGCCAUCCUGCACAACAACAACAACAACAACAAUAGUAGUAGCACCAACAAUAAUAAUAAUAACAACAACAACCACAUCGUAUCGACCACCUCGGAGAUUCUGCCCCAGCAGAAGAAGCAAACGAAGCGAAAACAUCAAGCAUCUUCACGGAAAGAGCAGCAGCAGCAGUCGGCGGCGGCGUUGUUGCAUGGCAACGGUGGCACUACCUCAUCCAGUAGCCAUUUACACCAGCAUCAUCAUCAUCUGAUGCGAUCACCGAGCCAGCACCACCACCACCAUCAGCAUCACCUUCAUCAUCACCAUACGAUCCCGGUGGACAUUCCGGGUCAGCACGAUAUGGUAAGCCCCGGGCCGAUCUCACCUCCAACGUCCGGCUCGUCGCCUCAAUCGAACGGAAGCGUCGAACUGCCGGCCACCAUAACGACCUCAUCGACGCGCGAUCCAUCCCGCGAUAAGGUGUUUACGUGUAAGAUCUGUAACCGUUCGUUCGGUUACAAGCACGUCCUGCAGAACCACGAACGGACGCACACGGGCGAGAAACCGUUCGAGUGCCCGGAGUGUCACAAGCGCUUCACGCGCGAUCACCAUCUGAAGACGCACAUGCGGCUGCAUACGGGCGAGAAGCCGUACUCCUGUACGCACUGCGACCGGCAGUUCGUGCAGGUCGCUAAUCUGCGGCGGCACCUGCGGGUACACACGGGCGAAAAACCGUACGAGUGUGAGAUGUGUGAGCAAAAGUUUAGCGAUUCGAACCAGCUGAAGGCGCACAUGCUUAGCCACAACGGGCAGAAACCGUUCCACUGUGAUAGAUGCAACUCGAGCUACCGCCGGCGGCACCAUCUGCUGCAUCACAAGUGUGGCAUUACGAGCCCACCGACACCGGCCAUCAGUCCGGCCAUGAGCGGCCUGUCGGACCAUAAGUCCGCCUGUGGAUCCGAAUCGAGCGAUAUUUCGAUGGAACUGGCCAAAGCGACCGGUGGUGGUGGUCCACUGUUGCUGCACCAGAAGUAUCCGGGAUUGACGCUUCCGCUGAACUUUGGACCGAUGCCGGACCCUCUCGGUAGUCCCGGUGGUGAUCUACUGGCACCGGCAGCACCCGGUAGCACAACGGGCACUCCAUCCGAGCAUGAUGGUGGUUCGAGUGCGGCCAUCGAUCUGCGUGCCGCCGGUAGCCGAUCCCGUACACCUCAGCAACAGAUCAUCCCGCAUCUCAUCAAGACGACGACGACGGCGUCGACGAAGACGGUUCUGCCGGAGCAGACGGAACCGGAGGAUCUUAGUAUGCACUCGCCACGAUCACCGGUUUCGAUGGAAGAACUGGAUGAGCUGGAUGAUGCCGCUACCCUUUACCUGAAGCAGCGUCAGCGGCAGCUUCUAGCGCAGCAACGUCACGGUAUGGAAUCGUAA